AGAAGGUGUCAAAGUAAAACAGCUGCAUAUCUUCCAAGAAAAGCUCAUGUUUUCCGAAGGAAUUCAAGCGGAGGUGCUUUAUUAAGAGAACUAGGCAGGACAAACAUUAACAUGGCAAGCUCGGCUGUUCAGUUACUUGGCUUCUCCCUAAGCCUGCUCGGCCUAAUUGGGACAUUAAUUGCUACUAUUCUGCCACACUGGUGGCGAACGGCACAUGUAGGCACCAAUAUUAUAACAGCUGUGGCCUAUAUGAAAGGGCUUUGGAUGGAGUGCGUUUGGCACAGCACCGGCAUCUACCAGUGCCAAGUCCACCACUCCCAGCUGGCGCUGCCCCGUGACCUCCAAGUCGCCCGUGCCAUGAUGGUAAUUUCCUGCGUCCUUUCCGCACUGGCAUGUGUGAUUGCUGUCAUCGGUAUGAAGUGCACACAGUGUGCCAAGGGGACUUCUGCCAAAGCCUCCAUCGCAGUCUCUGGGGGAAUUGUUUUCAUCCUGGCCGGUCUUGUCUGCCUGGUACCUGUUUCUUGGACCACUAAUGACAUUGUUACAGAUUUCUACAACCCCAUGCUUCCCAGCGGGAUGAAGUAUGAGAUAGGCCAAGCUCUUUACCUUGGCUUUGUCUCCUCAUCUUUGACAAUCCUUGGUGGUGCUCUGCUCUGCACAUCAAGACAAUGUCGCGGGAACAAGACACCUUACCAGACACAGCCCAGCAGCGUAAGAAGGACUGCUCCCUCCUAUAGACCACCAACCGUCUACAAGGGAAACCAUGCUUCUUCUCUGACAUCUGCUUCCCAUAGCGGCUACAGAUUAAAUGACUAUGUGUGA